UUGUUACAGUAUUCCAAAAAAUUCAGUUUAUUUAAGGAAUGUAGACAAUGCGCAAACAAACGUAGAAAAUAAAAGUCCAUUUGUGAUCACAAUACGAUAAUUUAGGAAGAUAGUGAUGUAAUGUAAUACUUAUUUAAUUGCAUAAUAUUUCCUGAGAUACUCGGAUAGUAAUAAACUUUACUUUAAGCGUAAUUCGAUUAAUUGUACAAAUGUAAUUAUUUCAAUUCGCAAGAUGGGGUCAGAUGAAAGAUGCCGUGGUGAAAUGUGGCAUAGAAACGCCGAUGAACGAUACGCUAUGGUACCCGGGUUGUUCAAUAAUAACUAAUAGAUAUAUUUACAACGUUCUGAGUGUAAUUCCGUAUAUUUUGCCUGCGUUCAUCAUAGAUAUCUUUUUAAGACUCCGAGGUAGUAAACCAAUAAUGAUGAAACUUCUAAAAAAUGGCAACAAACUGUUCACAUCGGUAGUGCAUUUCACCUUGAACGAAUGGACUUUUCAACAGGAUAACUGUUCCGACUUGGCCAGGAAGGUGAAAAUAUUGAAUGACAGCGAUAUGGUCAAACUAGAUUUACGGGAUAUGAAUUGGGAGAAGUACGUUGCAACUUACCUGAUGGGAAUUAGGAAAUUUAUUCUAAAACAAGAGUUUAAGUCAACAGCCCGACAACGAUUAUCAAAGUUGUACUGGGUACAUCAGAUCACCAAAACAUCCGGUAUAAUAAUUUUGCUAAGGAUAAUACUAUGUUUAGUGUACUGACUAUUUUACUGUUUUCUCUUCGAACCAAGAACAAUAUGAAUAGAAUUUUAUAAAUGAGGGAUUCAUCAUUCCUUUCAUUUUGUCUUUCCACUCGUUUCAUUUCUAAAUGAAUUCAUUUAUGACAUUGCUUAAUAAGGAUGUAUGUAUUUAUAUACACACGGUUUCUGAUUUAUCAUACAUGACAAUACCUUUACUCCUCGAUGUUUCUAGUACAAUAACAUCUGCGAACGUUAAUACAUCACCUUUAAGUGUUUGUUUAAAGAUGAUUUCUACAUAAAAAUUCUGCGGCAUGUCUUUACGUUAUGCUAAACAACAAAAUAAUUUAUAUAGAGAAAAAUUGUAUUAUUGUAAUAUCGUAGAAUAGCUUUGAUUGGAGAUCGGCUGAAAUUAGAAAACAUCGUGUACGUCGUCUUUUUGUGGUUUGUUUACAUCCAAGAGCGCCUAGUAACAGUGACGCGAGAAAAGAUAAGCAGCGUCAAAACAGAAGUACGGUUUCAUAUUUCAAGGAGUGGCAAUCGAGAGGCCAGAGUAUGUGAGCCGAAAAGUGUGUGUGUGUGUGUGUGUGUGUGUGUGCGUGCGCGCGCGCGCGCGUGCGUGUGAGAGAAGACGAGAGCAAGAGCGAGCACGACCGAGCAGGAAUGCAUUGGCGAGGGUCAGAGUUGAUCGAGACGUCGAAGCAUAGAGUCGGUAGAAUUGAGUUGCGAGUGUUGUCGAGUGUUAGAGUUGCUAGUGAGAGAGAGAGAGAGAGAGAGAGAGAGAGAGAGAGUUAUCAAAUAGUUGUCAAGUUAUUUGAUGUAAAUACGAGCGUUGCAUUUAGUUUUCCUGUUAAUCAAACAUCGUUUCUCUGUCUCACUAAUAUCUGUAUUUUCAAUCCAUUAUUAAUAAAUUAUAAUUAAUCGGACAAAAUUACACCUUUAAUAUAUUCCGAUAUUACAAUAUUUACUACUAAUAAUUUCUAUAUUAAAUCUGUUCACUGAAAAUAAAUAUUAUUCCGUAUAA